CAAAGGCUGAUACUGUACCCGGCCGUCACCCUGAAAGGUGGCGCAAAGAUGCCGCCGGUAACAUUGUCUGCAAACGUUUUUUCAACUGCCUUGGCUGCCUCUGCUAUGAGUACGAUCACAUCAUCCCUUAUUCCAAAGUGCUGGUUCCGGUUCAAGGGAUGACGAUGGCAAAAUUUGAGAUUGAGAAGUUCACUGGAAAGAAUGAUUUCGGCCUUUGGAGGUUGAAGAUGAGGGCGGUCCUGGUGCUUCAAGGUCUUCAAGAUGCACUAGCUGGUGAAGGAAAAUUAUCCAGCACUCUUACAGAGAAGGAGAAGAAAGAUCUUCUUGAAAAGGCCCGUAGUGCUUUGAUCUUGAGUCUUGGAGAUAGGGUGCUGAGAGAGGUUGCAAAGGAGAAGACGGCGGCAGCAAUUUGGUUGAAAUUAGAGAAUCUCUACAUGUCGAAAUCCCCGGCAAAUCGUCUUCACUUGAAGCUGAAGCUGUUCACAUUCAAGAUGCAAGAAGGAACAAAGAUGGAGGAUCACUUGGACGAAUUCAGCAAAGCAAUCUUUGAUCUUGAGAACAUUGACGUUACUGUUGAUGAUGAAGAUCAAGCAUUGUUGCUGUUAAGGUCCUUACCAUAGGAGUAUAAAAACUUGCAUGAAACACUUGCAUAUGGGUGUGAUUCUUUAACGUUAAAGAAGGUUCAAUCUACUCUAAUGUCAUUGGAAUUGAAGAAGCAAUCUGAAAGCAAGAUUGACAACAAUGGUAAAGGAGUCAUGGCAAGAGGCAGUUCAGAGAAAAGAGAAUUCAAGCACAAGGAGAAAUCAAGAUCAAAGUCUGAGUCAAGAGAAUGCUUUGUAUGCAAGAAGGAGGGCCAUUUUAAGAAGAAUUGUCCUGAAAGGAAGAAAUUCAUGAAGGACAAAUACAAUGAUGAAGAUUCAGGCGGGGAAUCAACAGCAGAUAAUUGUCAAAUACUUCAAUCCAGAGUGAACAGAUUAAAAUCAGACAAAUCUCAGAUUGAUUCGGAUAAGUUGAGAGGCUACUCUUGUGAUAUUAAUUUUACUGACAAGGAACUCGAUAUAAUUGAAAUGGCUGUUUAUGGCGAUGUAAUCCGUCCAGGAAAUCAGUGUAGGUGCAGAACUGUUGAUGAAGUGCUUGGAAAAUUCAAGGCGAAAGACGACACAAAUGCUUGCAAGCUGCCAUAGGAGGAUGGAUCUUAGCUAUAAUAAACAAACAAUCUUAGCUGUAAUAACAGGAUGAACUUUACUCUAUUUUUUUCUUUUUUAGACAAAACAUUGCAAUUCUCACUUUCCGCCAUUGGUCUUGUGUAAAGAUUGACAUCUGGACGGCUUGUUAAGCAUAACUUGAUGAUGAAAAGGAGGGUGUUAGACACAUCCGGAAGAACAUAAGUUGUACAUUUUAGUCUAUAGUACCCACUAGAUUGUUGGGCAAGUGCAUCAAAAAAGGUUUUAUACAGCGCCAGAUUGUUGCAACUUUCCAACUUGGGAAGCUUUUGAUAGAUGCGUUUGGUGUCGACACAUGUUAGUGUCCAACACAACACAACACAACACAUAUGAUUACAUUCAAUUAUGUCAUUUUUAAAAUCAUUACUAGUGUUGAUGUGUUAGUGUCGUGUCUGUUUCAGUGCUUUAUAGUUUGCAAGUCUGGUUGAUAACAUGAAUGGACAUGGUUCACAAGUAUUUGCUUGUUGUACUAAUAGGGAAUUGAUUCGCUAGUAUUUGGAUGUUGUGGUGGUAGAUUGUAUAAUUUGUGAUUGAACUGAGUGUAUGAUCAACAAGGCCAGACUCAUGCAUGUUCAAAUUUAUACUAGAAUAUUAUACGUGUA